UUUAUAUAGAUAGAUUCCAUAUUUUCUCUCUGUCCUGCCUUGUGCUACAAGGGACAGAGCAGCAGUGAUUCCAUUCCGCUGAAUCAGCAGCACACCUGGGACCACCCACACAUCAGCCUUAGACUAUCCUGCCAUUUCACCUGGGAUGAGAUGAGCCAGAAGUCUUAGGCUCUAAUUCAGCCUACAAAUAAUAUCGAAUGUUUAUCACAUGCCAGGUACUGCUUUACAUCUUAAGCCUCCAGAGAGAAAUGAGAGAAACUUUACUCUUCAGAAGCACCUAGUAUAUAGAGACACCAACAGCUCUCUCCCACAGCCUCGUCAGGAAUAAUGUUGGCCUGGGUGUUGUGGAUGCUCCCUUUACUCGGCAAAUUCAGCCUGGCAGUUCUGCCAGCUAAGCCUGAGAACAUUUCUUGCAUCCUUUAUCAUAGGAAAAAUUUAACUUGUAAUUGGAGUUCAGAAAAAGAAGCCAAGUAUACAUGGUACAGUGUUAAGAGGACUUACUCUUUUGGGAAAAAAAGUGAUAAUUGUACAACUAAUAAUUCUAGAAGUGAAGAUCAUGUUUCAUGCUCUUUUCAUUAUCCAAGAGUAACCCUACCAGAUAAUUACACCAUUCAAGUGGAAGCUCAAAAUGCAGAUGGUACAAUUAAAUCUGAUACAACUAAUUGGAACUUGGAAACCAUCCUGAAAACAGAACCCCCUGAGAUUUCCAGUGUGAACCCAGUUUUAGACAUCAAAAGGAUGGUUCAAAUAAAAUGGAGAAGACCUAUGGUUCCAUAUGAUUUAAAAUACAGACUUCGAUUUAGAACAGUAAAUAGUACCCACUGGAUGAAAGUUAACUUCAAAGAAGAGUUCAAUGAAGUUGAAUCAUACAACCUCACAGGACUACAGGCUUUUACAGAAUAUGUUGUAGCUCUACAGUGUGUGGCAGAGAAGUCAGUGUUCUGGAGUGGCUGGAGCCAAGAGAAAAUGGGAACAACUAAAGAAGAAGUUCCCUAUGGCCUGGAUCUGUGGAGAGUCCUGGGCCCAGCCCAGGAGGAUGGAAAAAGGCUGGUGCGGUUGUUAUGGAAGAAAGCAAGAGGAACCCCAGUAAUGGAAAAAACUCUUGGCUACAGUAUAUGCUACUUUCCAGAGAACAACACUAACCUCACAGAGAAAAAGAAUACUACUGAACAGCAACUUGAUGUGUACCUGGGAGGCAAGACCUAUUGGGUGUCUGUGAUUUCUUAUAAUUCUCUUGGGAAGUCUCCAGUGGCCACCCUGAGGAUUCCAGCUAUUAAUGAAAAAUCAUUUGGCUGCAUUGAGUCCAUGCAGGCCUGCCUCACUCAGGACCAGUUAUUGGUGGAAUGGCAAAGCCCAACUCUGGAGGUGGACUCAUGGGUGAUCGAGUGGUUCCCAGAUGAGGACGCAGAGCCCUCUCCCAUCUCCUGGGACUCUGUGUAUAUGGCCAGGAACUGGACCCUCCAGCAAGAUAAAUUAAAACCUUUCUGGUGCUACAACAUCUCUGUGUAUCCAAUAUUGCAAGAGCAUGUGGGCGAACCAUAUUCCAUCCAGGUUUACAUCAAAGAAGACAUUCCAUUGGAAGGUCCCAUGGCCCAGGUGGAGAACAUUGGCAUAAAGACGGUCACAGUCACAUGGAAAGAGAUUCCCAAGAGUCAGAGGAGAGGUUUCAUCAGGAACUAUACCAUCUUUUACCAAUCUGAAGAUGGAAAGAAAUUCUCUAAGACCGUCAAUUCCAGCAUCUUGCAGUAUGACCUGGAGUCCUUGACCCGGAAGACCUCUUACUCUGUUCAGGUCAUGGCCAGCACCGUCGCUGGGGGCACCAAUAGUACCAAGAUCAAUUUCAAGACAUUGUCAAUUAGUGUCCUUGAGAUUUUCCUUAUAACAUCUCUGGUUGGAGGAGGCCUUCUUGUUCUCAUCAUCCUGACGGUGGCAUAUGGGCUCAGAAGACCUAACAAACUGAACCACCUGUGUUGGCCCAGAGUCCCCAACCCUGCUGAAAGCAGUAUAGCCACGUGGUGUAGAGGUGAUUUCAAGGAUAAACUAUAUCUGAAGGAGUUUGAUGACUCUGUGAACAUGGAAGAAGACAGGAUUCUAAAACCGUGCUCCGCCCCCAUGGACCUAAUUGACAAGUUGGUGGUGAACUUUGAAAAUUUUCUGGAAGAAGUUUCCACAGAGAAACCUAGAAAGGGUCAGGAAAACAUCUUGGGGGAAGAGAAUGAAUAUGUGAGCUCACCUAAUCGGCCCUCUUGUCCCCUUGAGAAGAGUGUCGAGGAGCCACUCACUUUAACUGAAAUUCCGCCUGAAAACUCCCAGCACCAGUGUUCUGCAAUGCCAGGGGGGACCCGCUCAGAAGCCAAAGAGCAAUUUCUCUUUUCUGCUCAGAGUUUAAAGCCAGACCAUUUUUGUGAGGAAGAAACACCAAAUCCUUAUUUGAAAAAUUCAGUAACAACCAGGGAAUUUCUUGUGUUUAGAAACUUUCAGAUCAAACCAAGAGAGACUGAUACCAAUAUGGCCUGAAUUGCUCUGUAUCUUGGUAUAGGUGGCUCUUGAGAGAGAUGAUAUCAGGACUUAACUGGAGGAACUUCCUUGGCUGAUCUCCCCAUCCUGCUUGUGCUGAUCAAGUCUCAGGCCCCAAGUGUCUGGUUGAGCAUUUUUGACACAGAUGUGUAGCUCUCCUGAGACAAAGGGACAGUGAUAAGCCUGAGCACUUUGCAGAGGAAAAGCAAUUUGUUGUUGUUGUUCAGAUAACUCAUUCUCAUGGAGGGAGACUUGGGCAGUCUGACUUCAAGGGACAGUGGACCUGAGGUGGCUGUUUCUGCCCUUCCCUAGGAACUGGGUCGGGGCCGCAGUCUUUACUGGGGCUACUGCCAGGACAGACUUUCCCUGUUGCCAGAAGACAGUUGUUUAACUGGCACUUGCGCUGUCUUGCGGGAGGGGAGAGUUUCUCUCCUUUCACUUUGGCCACCCCUAGGCUCAGGGGCUCCCCCUCUAAGGUCACCUUACACUCUCACUUUUGAGACCACAUUUCUCUCUCAACACAGG